AGGCGCCGCCAGCCGUCAGCUGACAGCUCACAUAUACACACACACGAACACACGGUACACGAGAUUCCUGUUGUUGUGUAGUGAGCUGGACCCGCGGAACCGAACGAUGCCGAAGUACUGUUCGGUCCCGAGCUGCAAGACCGAGUCCUGCAUCGGGACCCGGAGCUUCUACAGGUUCCCUCUGCAGGAGCCGGAGCGGCUGCAGCAGUGGCUGAGGAACAUGGGGCGUGAGAACUGGGCUCCCUCUCGACACCAGUACAUCUGCCACCAGCACUUUGCGGCGUCGUGCUUCCGGGUGCGUUGGGGGAUCCGCUACCUGGAGAGCGACGCCGUGCCCACGCUGUUCCACCAGGUCGAGAAAAGAAAAGCUGAGGAUCAGAGUGAGAAGAGGACAAAACGUGUCCGCCUGCAGGGGGAUGAGGACGUCCCGGGGACAGACGGGAGGACGUUGGCUGUGGACGCUGUGGAGGUGGACAACUCGCUGGGCACGGUUCACCUGUAUGAGAUCACAGUCGACCCGGCGCUGUGCGGUGGCACCGGCCUGGUGGAGUCCAGCGAUGGGGUCAAGUCUCUCCACGCAGACCUGAGCUCGCUGACCUCAGGGGACGGAUUCCAAACAGGGACGAGUUUCCCUCUAACUCUGUUCCAGACAGUUGAGGACAUGAGAGGGGACACGGAGGUGGUGGUGAUGUCCGACGGCCUCGCUGCUGACGGGCAGGAUGAGCUGGUGAAGGGAAUCGCAGCCGCCAUUUUAACUCAGGGCCACGACUCCACCCUGGAGGCCGCGGCGUCCCUCAGGGCAGAAGACGUGACCUGUUCCACAGAGGAGACCAUCAGCUUCCAAGGAGGACAUGAAGUCAUCGCCGUCUUCCAGAAGAUACCGAGCGUCCUCCCCCCCACCCGGCUCGUCUUCUCCCCGAACACGGUGCUGUCGUCCGCUCUGAGCUCCAAGCCCAUCUCGUCCACUGUGCCCAUCGUGUCCAAACACGCGUCAGCCCCCCCCACGUCCCUCGUCCUCACGCUGGAAAGACUGGACAUGGACGAGGGGGACGAGGGGAAGUCAGACGAGGACGACACAGAGCAGCAGGACCACCAGCUGGAGGAGCACUGCUACCACAGGAGCAGUCUGAGCAAAGAGCAGCUGGAGGCCAUCGUCUCUGAGCUGCAGAAGAAGGUGAAGGUUCUGCAGCAGCGUCACCGCCGUCACCUGGAGAAGCUCCUGGGUCUGGAGAACACCGUGAGCCGGCUGAGACAGAGCAACCUGCUGAACGAGGAGCGGCUGCAGCUGCUGGAGCGGGCUUAUGAACAGACCAGUGCCGCGGUGAUGGACGCCGGAGAGACUGUGGCCAUCGUCUUCGAGGAGGACACGGCCGCGCUCUUGUACAUGCCACUGGAGGACGCCGAGGAGGAGCUGUGACUGUCCACAUCCUGAUGUGUGUGUGUGUGUGUGUGUGUGUGGGGGGGGGGGUGAUGGGUCUGCUGGGAGCUUUUGCACAAACACGGAUGAGGAAUAAGGGACGAUGUUGAAUGUUGUGUUUUAUAAACCUCGACGUCUCAGCUUCUUUCUGCAGCUGCUGUGAAUCUGUCGCCUCAUGAGAGAGAGAGAGAGUUGGUUUCAGUUGUGCGACGGAAUAAAGGGAAUGAAACGCU